AUGAAGUGCCGAGAUGCUUUGUCUACAUCCUCUCAUGCCGAAAAAAUUGGUGAAGAAGAAAAGAAAGGUUGGAUUCGCCGGCGGUGGGAUAGCGGCAACAGGCACAGGUUCAGGCGUAACCCUAAAGAAAAAAUGCUCAACCAUUUGGUCUAUCGCUCCUCCUCUCCUCCUUUUCUCCUCUUUUCCAGAGCCUUCUUCUCCUCUACGCUUUUCGUCAAAGGCAUAUCUUUUUCAAGCACAGAAGAAACACUAACCCAAGCAUUUUCUCAAUUUGGUCGAGUUGUUGGAGUGAAUGUGAUAGUGGACAAAGUCAGAUGCAGACCAAAAGGGUUUGCUUAUGUCACUUUCUCAUCUAAUGAAGAAGCCACAAAAGCUUUAUUAGAACUCAAAGGCCAGUUGGUAGAUGGGCGGGUUGUGACCCUCGACACAGCAAAAGCCGUAAAACACAAUCAACCAGGCUUGUACAAGCCGAAGCAUGCAGGUAGUGACAGCUGCUGA